AUCACGUUUUUUUUUUUUUAAUCUAUAAACCCAUCCUGCCAUUGAAAAGGCAUUUGUCUGCAAACAAAAACCCUAAUCCUAACCCUCGUCUCCGUCUUCUUUCGAUUAAAUCAUCAAUCGAUGGCAAGAAAGCGAAAGCACGACUCUAAAAUCAAUGAACCAACUGAACCACCGCAAAAGCAGCUUCAACAAGAGCCAUCGAAACAACAAGAGCAAACUGCUGCUGAAGACCCCGUACCAGAAAACAAUGAAGAUGUCGAAUACGAAGAAGUCGAAGAAGUAGAAAAGGAAGAGGAAGGAGAAGGAGAGGGAGAAGGAGAAGGAGAAGGAGAAGAGGAGGAGGUUGAAGAAGAAGAUGACGAAAACCAGGAGAUGGUGAACGCCUCAGGAGCAGAUCAGAAGGACGAGGAGGAUGAUGAGCCGAUAGAGAAGCUUCUGGAACCGUUCAGCAAAGAUCAGCUUGUUAAUCUGCUCCGUGAAGCAGCUGAAAAGAAUACUGACGUGGCGAUUCGAAUUCGCGAGGUAGCUGAUGAGGAUCCAGCUCACCGGAAGAUAUUUGUGCACGGUCUUGGUUGGGACACAAAGGCUGAGACUCUAAUUAAUGCAUUUAAACAGUACGGUGAGAUUGAGGAUUGCAAAGCUGUUUGUGAUAAGGUGUCUGGGAAAUCCAAGGGUUAUGGUUUCAUUCUGUUCAAGACGCGAAGUGGGGCGCGUAAGGCACUUAAGGAGCCACAGAAGAAGAUUGGAAGUCGGAUGACAUCUUGCCAGCUGGCCUCUGUUGGCCCUGUGGCGACUCCUUCUGCUACCAAUAUGACCCAGCAUCAUCAACAGCAGCAGCCACAGCCAGUAUCGGAGUAUACUCAGAGGAAGAUUUUUGUGAGCAAUGUUUCCGCGGAACUGGAUCCACAAAAGUUGCUGGAGUUUUUCUCGAUGUUUGGAGAGAUUGAGGAAGGACCACUGGGCCUGGAUAAGGUCACUGGAAAACCUAAAGGGUUUUGUUUGUUUGUUUAUAGGACAGUUGAAGGUGCCAAGAGUGCCUUGGAAGAGCCGCACAAGAAUUAUGAAGGUCAUGUUUUCCACUGCCAGAAGGCUGUUGAUGGACCGAAACCUGGAAAAUCUCAGCACCGCCAUCACCAGAAUAUGCAGAAUUCACAUUUUCAGAGGAAUGACAAUGCAGGUUAUGUUGGUGCAGCGGCACGACCUGGCCACUUGAUGGCACCAUCUGGACCUGGGGUUGGAGCCACAGCUGCUCAGGCAUUGAACCCUGCUAUUGGACAGGCUCUGACAGCCAUACUGGCAACUCAGGGUGCUGGAUUAGGGAUCAACCCGGCACUCGGGCAGGCUUUGCUGGGGCUGGGCUCUGCUGCUGGUGCAGGUGUGGGAAUUCAGGGUGCUUAUGCAAAUCAGGCAGUGAGUCCCGGUGUCAUGACAGGGUAUGGGAACCAGGGUGGAUAUCCAAAUCAGCAGAUGCCACAAGGUGGGUCUGGAAGAGGGCAGCAUGGUGUCAACCAGUAUGGAGGCGCCCCAUACAUGGGUCACUAGGUAUUCCUGAGUUGUUGAGGUAUAAAUGCAUUCUCAUACUUUUGACUACCAAAGGGGAUUUGCCUUGGAUGGACAUUUUCGCCAGUGUGGAUACAGAGAACCAUGUUCCAUGGAGUGGAAGGUAUGGAAUUUAACUUACAAUCUAGAUAACGAGUUGCAAUUUUGUAGUAUAAAACAUUCUGGAGGUUCAAAUGUGGCCUUGGAGUUUUGAAAGCUGUUCUAUUGUUAUUCCCUCUUUGGGUCUUCAUGUUUUUCCUAUAUAGGUUUUAUAAUGUAGAAUUAAGAUGUCAAUGCAUUUUCAUGUUGGCUUAAUCUAUCUCUUUUAGGUUUGACUAUAUAGAAAAAAAAAGCCUUAAAAUCACUUGGAUCUUGGUGGGUAUAGUAUGAGUUUGGAUAACCAUGUUACCAUAAGCUAUCCAAUGGGGUGUUUUGGAUUCACGGGUUGAUAUUUCUUGAAGUUAAACCAGAGAAAUCAGUUGGAAGGAUGUUUGAUGGAUAAAUUAUGUAUAAAGGCAAGUUUAGUUACGAUCUUUACAUAUUUUUGGAUUUGUGGUCAGACUGAUGUUGUUGCCUUAACAUCUGAACUUAAAUCUUUCAAUAUUCAACAUUUUUUCUCUUAAUCCAGAGGUACACGGAGUAGAUAAGUUUUUAACAUUGAGUACUUGUGACUUAUUCUCAAACCACUGUUGCACUUACUGUAUGAUAUCUAAUUAUGUGUCCCGAAACUGAAACCAAACUUCCACUUUUUUCUUGUUUAGAAAUGUCCAAAAUGAUGUGCUUCAUACAGGGAAUGAGUACUGGGUAUGAAUUUCUAUUAAUUUGCAUUUCAUUCUUUUCACUUAUCUCAUUUCUGAAGCGUAUUUUGAUGUAGAUGAAUUUUAUCAAUAUCCAAAAAUAAGUAUUUGGAACAAAAUAAGUCUUUAGUCACUUUUACAAGUUGCAGUAUUUUUUAGCUCAACCUUUUUGCUUCAUAGAUAGAUGCACCUAAAAACAUAAGCUAGACAAAAGAGAAGUUGCACUUCCAAUAUGGUGGUUUAGCAUGAUCUUCUGAUAAGCAUUACCAUGAAUAUGAGGCUGUUCCUUUGUAAUUAUAUAAUAUAGGUUAGUGGUCUUUGAAAUGCAAUAUUUCUUUUAGAUUGCUGUUUCGAUUUUUCUCAUGAUUACAGUACUCCUAAUUAACCAAUAAUAGUGUUUGAUUACAUUAAUGUUUCACAUUUAUAGAGGACAUUAUCAUUUUAUACCCAGUUUUUCUAUUAUGUCUUUCCAAAUUUGUCCUUCCAAAUUUAUCCUUCCAUCAGUCAGAAUUGUCAAGCAUUGCUAUCAUAAUAGUCAUAAUCCUCUGCAUACCAUCUGGUUUUGUUAAUUAGGAUUGAGUACUUUUUUGGGUAGGCAAUCUUGUAAUUUUUAAGUUUUGAUUUGCAUGAUUUUGCAUAUUCUAAUUCUGUGAUUUUUGGUCCAUGCUUUUCUUUCAUUGAUCAAAAAAUUAAUCGUGCCUCUAUUAUUCAAUUAUAGUCAUAAUCCUCAGCAUACCAUCUGGUUUUGUUAAUUAGGAUUGAGUACUUUUUUGGGUAGGCAAUCUUGUAACUUUUAAGUUUUGAUUUGCAUGAAUUUGCAAAUUCUAAUUCUGUGAUUUUUGGUCCAUGCUUUUCUUUCAUUGAUUAAAAAAUUAAUUGUGCCUCUAUUAUUCAAUCAUAGAUGUCGCCUUUUUUAGAAGUUUAUCUAUCUGUUGAUUUAUCUAUAUUACAUUUUGGAUUUUGUUUUUCUCACUCACAGCAAAACUAUAAAAUUUUCCAGUCAAGGUGAUCUUCAUUUAAAACCAUCCUAUUUUAGAGUAAAUUGACAUUUAGCAAUUACAAAGUUAAGAUUAAACCAAUCAUUUUAACUUGUGAAUGCUUUCAUCAGUGAAGUUAUUCAUUUGUAAGGUCUAGGUCAGAGUCAACUGUUGAACCUCUUUUUGAUUAUAAACUUUUAUCUUACCUGGCUAAUUUUAAGUAGACAGCUAGCAUUUAAGUUUGUAUUAUUCAUUGUCUUAAAAAGCGUUUGCUGGUUGAGGAAGAACAGGAGUCAAUGAUUUGAGAAAAGUUACAAUUUGAGUAGAUAUAACUAGUUGAAUUUUUGACAGUGUAUAUAUACUGCCAAGAAUUUUGUAGUUUUAGGGAAUUGGUGUUUGGCAUUUUUUAAGCGUGGAAAGAGGAUAAGAUCCCAGUGGUUAGUAAUAUGCAGAAAUUACUGUUGAAUAUUUGAUUAAUUCUUCAUUAUGUAAUUGAUUGAAUAAUUUGUAUGCUUGAUAUCCUAUUUGGGUGAGUUCUGGACAAACUAUGAUACUCAUUUUAUUAAAAAACUUAUGAUAGCGGUUGAAAAUGAC